GAACAGGCCACUAAUAUGCUGAUAUGUUUCCCAGGGUGCACCAGGAGUAAGAGGGCCUCAAGGUUACCCAGGCCUUCCUGGACCAAAGGGAAGUAGAGGAAAACGAGGACCUGAAGGAGAAAAGGGUGAAGAGGGACUCGCAGGAUAUCCUGGUGCGAAAGGAGAUGAGGGUCCCAAAGGCGAAGAUGGUGCUGCAGGAGCACUAGGACUGCCUGGCCCAGAAGGAACUGAAGGACCAAAGGGCCGAAGUGGAAUUCCAGGUCCAUCUGGUCCCCCUGGACCUACAGGAACAAAGGGAGAGAGAGGCUCUCCUGGAAUGCCUGGCUAUGCGGGAGAACCAGGAGAAAAGGGAAAUGCUGGUGCCCCUGGACCCAGAGGACGAGAUGGAUCAAAGGGCAUCAGGGGAGAUCCUGGUCCACCGGGCCCACAAGGUGCAAGAGGAAGCAGGGGUCCACGUGGUGAGCGGGGGUCCCCAGGAACUCCUGGUACCCCAGGAACCAAGGGAGCUCCUGGUGAAGCUGGCGUGCCCGGUGAUCGUGGAAACCCAGGUCCGCCUGGACCUCAGGGAGACCGAGGGCAGCAAGGAGGUCGCGGACCAAUGGGUUUACCAGGAAAGCCAGGUUUACCAGGAUUUCCAGGACCUCGUGGAGAGACGGGACCUCAAGGAAAAACUGGCUCUCCAGGCCCUCCUGGAAUCCCUGGUGGCAGGGGUCCAGCAGGCGAAAGAGGCAGCCCAGGACCCAAAGGGGAACGUGGCCGACAGGGUACCCAGGGGCCAACUGGUGACCCCGGAGAACCUGGCAGGGAUGGUGCUAAGGGUGAGCCUGGUAAACCAGGUGCAGAUGGCAAGGACGGAGCAGCGGGUCAACCAGGAACACCAGGACCGAAAGGUGCGAUGGGACCGCCAGGCGCCCCAGGACCCAAGGGAGUAGAAGGACCAAUUGGCCUUCCCGGCGGACAGGGUCCUCAAGGAAUGCGUGGGCCUCCCGGACAACCAGGGCCCCAGGGCCCUGCGGGACGGCCAGGCCGCCAAGGGCCUCAAGGAGCACCGGGAGAGAAAGGUAGUAGGGGAGAAGAAGGAGCCCGCGGAGAGCCUGGACCCGAGGGAAAAUCUGGUCUUGCCGGUAGCCCUGGUGAGGAUGGGCCGCCCGGGCCCCCAGGAGAGGAGGGAGAGAAGGGUGCACAAGGAGCCGCGGGAAUCCCUGGAAAGAAAGGCGAACAAGGACCCAAGGGUCCCCCCGGGCCUGCCGGACCUGUGGGUUUACCAGGAAAGCCUGGACCUCCAGGACCAGCCGGCGAGACAGGCCCCCAGGGGGCUACCGGCUCCAGGGGCGAGAAAGGUAGUGACGGAGAGCGUGGACCACCCGGACCUACCGGCGCUCCGGGUGUUCCGGGCAUUCCAGGACCGAGAGGGCAGAAAGGAGAAAGAGGCUCUAGUGGACCGCAGGGCUCUCAAGGUUUGCCGGGGCCGCGCGGAGCACCAGGGCCAGCAGGAGCUAAGGGAGACCAAGGUGAGCCUGGUGACACCGGAAGUGAUGGAAGAUCAGGAGAUAAGGGAGACCAAGGCUCAAAAGGCGAUCCGGGCGCGCCAGGGACACCAGGUUCACCGGGCCGACCUGGUGAUGUGGGAGCUAAAGGCGACAGAGGCGAUCCCGGCCCGCAGGGACCCACGGGACCGCGUGGCCCUGCAGGUCAAACCGGUGCAAAAGGACCAAUGGGCGCGACUGGACCCCCGGGACCUCAGGGCCCGCCAGGACCACAAGGUGCCAAGGGAGGUCCAGGUCCAGACGGGAAAGAUGGUAACCCAGGCCCUCCAGGAGCGAGAGGUCCCCCCGGCCCCAGGGGUGAUGACGGUAUCCCCGGUAAACCGGGUCAGCCGGGAGAGCCUGGGCCUCGGGGAUUUACCGGAUCUGAUGGUGACCCUGGUGAUAAGGGCGAAACUGGACCACCCGGUCCCCAGGGAAUUGCAGGUCCCCCCGGACCACCGGGACCGAGAGGAGACAGGGGACCGACUGGAGAAAGAGGGACCCCCGGUGCCCCGGGUGAGCAGGGACCGCAAGGACUGCCGGGACUUCAGGGCCCACGUGGCAACACUGGUCCAAAAGGCGACAAAGGAUUGCAAGGCUCACAAGGGGAAAAAGGAGACAAGGGAUGGCCUGGUUUCUUCGGUCCCACUGGAGUUGCAGGACCUUCCGGAGACAAGGGUGACCCAGGCCCUGCCGGGCCGCGUGGAUUCCCUGGACCGAAAGGCGACAGAGGCGAGGACGGGCCUGAUGGGCCUUCCGGACCACCUGGACCGCUGGGGCCUAGGGGAAGAUCUGGUUUGCAGGGAGCCAAAGGUGAUAGGGGACCACAAGGAGAGAGGGGUGACCAAGGACAACCGGGACCACCUGGACCGCCGGGACCGCCUGCAGACAUCGCCUCGUUCAUAGGUAGUGGCUACUUGGUUGCUCCUGGUGGAAUAGAAGUUGGCGCCGACAAAGGUGAAACAAAAAGGAAACGACGAUCGGUGGAUUCAUCAGCUGCGGGCGUAUCAGAGUCUCAAGGACUCAUACAGUCACUCAAGGAUGAAAUUGAGAGUAUUAAACGACCAAGUGGAACACAAACGAACCCUGCUAGAAGUUGUAAAGAUUUACACAUGUGUCGUGGAGACCUAAAAGAUGGUCGAUACUGGAUCGAUCCUAACCACGGCUGUAAUGGAGAUGCGAUUGAAGUGUUCUGCAACUUUACUGCAGGCGGACAAACCUGUAUCUAUCCUGAUAAAGACACGAAAAAGGCUGCGAACAAAAAGUGGAAGAAGCUCUCUGGAUCGGAAUGGUUCAGCGAAUACGAAGAUGGUUAUGAGAUUUCGUACACGGGUGUUGGAAAAACACAACUGAAUUUCCUGCGACUGUUGAGCGAGAAAGCAACACAAACGUUCAACAUGACUUGUAAAGGAUCUAGAGGAUGCUUUGACAGCAAGAGCAACGCGUUAGAAAAAGCCAUCAGACUCCAAGGAGCUAAUGACGGUGUCUUAUCAUUCAUGAAAAGUGAUCCAAAUGUCAAGAUUACGCAGGUCCGAAAAGAUUGGAAAGCAGUUGUACAGGUGGAAACUGAAGAUCUCAGUCAAAUGCCCAUAGUGGACUUCGCUCCCGGAGAAUUUCUUAGUUCAAAUGAAUUUGGUUUUGAAGUGGGACCUAUUUGUUUUAGUUAGCUCUGUUUUGUACCUCGAUGACUUUUCCUUUAAAUUAACUCCCAAGCGAAACUAUUAAAUUAGAUGUUCCUGUGAGUUUUGUAUGUCUGUGCAUCAGUUUUGUUACUAGUUCUUUACUCCUGUUGAGAAAUCGCAUUAUAAUGUAAUCUUAGUUCAAGCCUUGAAACGAAGGAGAAAAUGCUCGAUAUAAAGUGUUAGUCGUGUACAAUACCUAGUAUCAAUGUUCUAUAGAGGCGAUACACGGGAAAAUAUCAAUAAAAGGAGGCGCAGUUUUGAAGAAUGACAUCCGAUAGAUCCCUCCUGCUCUGUUUCGCUUACGUGUACGCUAGUAGUGGUCAAGUGUUGCUGUGAGAGGACCGGAAUUGAAAAGUUUCGUCCCAGUCCCUCCACGGGAGCCAUUAUUAAAGUUUUAGAUAAAUUUAUUAAACUCUGUAAUAUUUUGUUGACCUCGA